AUGAAUCUCCUUCCUCCCAACGUCUCACCGUCGCCGGUAUUCCUCCCGGAAGAACUUGUCGCCGAAGUGCUUUCCUUUCUUCCGGUCAAAACACUCCUUCGACUGAGAUGUGUCAGUAAGUUAUGGAAGUCACUCAUCUCUCAUCCCACCUUUGUCAGACAACACCUUAAUCGAUCCGCCGGGAAUGCGGACCUCACACUUGUAUCUUCUUUUCUGGGUCUGAUAUAUUUCAAAACUUUUCCUUUGUUGGAUCCAAUCACUAUGACUCUUCCCAAUGAUCCUUACCAUCAAUCGAAUGAUAUUGACGGCUUCAAUAUUGUUGGUUCCUGCAAUGGUUUGCUCUGCUUGUUAAGUUUCUCUUACAUUGGGCAUAAAGAUAUGUAUCUUCGUUUUUGGAAUCCUGCCACGAGAAUAAUAUCAGAAAAAUUAGGGUAUUUUAGUGAUCAUACGGACCCAUACCAUCCUCGUAAUUUGACAUUUGGUUAUGAUCAUUCAACUGAUACUUAUAAGGUUGUCUGUUUCAUUCCAAAUACAAGAGAGGUUAGAGUUUUUAGUCUUGGCCAUAAUGCUUGGAGAAAUAUUCAAAAUUCUCCUUUGGAUCAUUAUUAUAGGAUGAAUAUUGUUAAUUUGAAUGGUAGAGUUAUUUGGUUGGAAAUUCAUAAUGACACUGGUUUAGGGCCAAUUAUAUCACUUGAUUUGAGCACAGAGACACAUACUCGGUUUCUACCACCUGACGGUUUUGACGAAGGACUACUUAUUGAAUCAAAACUAAGUGUGUUAAAUGAUUGUCUUUGUUUUUCCCAUGAUCUCAAACUAACUGAGUUAGUUAUAUGGCAAAUGAAAGAGUUUGGAGUUGAAGACUCUUGGACUCAAAUCUUUAAAAUUAGUUAUGAUAUUUUAGAUAUAAAUGAAAUUUUUCUGUUGUUGCCGUUAUGCCUUUUGAAGAAGAAUGAUACACUAAUAUUGACAGACAAAUUUCUAAGUCAGUUUGUUCUCUAUAAUUGGAGAGAUGAUAGAGCAAAAAGCAUCCCUAAAUCUUGGCCGUUGAAUUCCAAGAUUUAUGUUGAAAGUUUGGUUUGGUAUGGUUGA